CAUCAACGGAGUAUCUAGAAAAAUGUUGAAAAUUUUAACUAGACAGUCAAGUAGUGGCAACACUGUCGAGAAAAUUAUGUUGUUGAUGGGUACUAGUGUAGAUAGGGGUGGAAAGAUUGCUUCUUUUCAGCUAGAAAUGUAAGUCAAAAAUCUUUUUGAUACACAGUCUGCACGUUCCGUCUGACAUCUUUAUAAAACUGGUAGAACUUGAAUUUCAUUGCGCACAAAUGAAGUGCGCGAAGGCAUAAAGUGUUGUAUGCGCAAACUCUAACAACAUGGCGACCCAUAUAUAUGGCCUUUGGCUGGGACUAAAAUGUGUUAUCAAUCGAUAAACAUGGGUGACUUGAGAAGAAAGGAAGAUGGAAGGGAGUGGAGGCGAAGGAGAUCUCUCUGAUUAUGGAGAUUGUGGCGAAGAAACUGGUGGUGAAGAGGAUCUUAUGUCCGUUGCCCUCCACAACUCUGAAAUUACUGCCCAGUUAGCUGCUGCAGGACCAGCUGGUUUAGCUGCUGCUGCAGCCAUUGUUUCUACAAAGAAAAGAAAACGCCCGCAUGUAUUCGAAACUAAUCCUUCCAUUAGGAAGCGACAACAUAAUCGACUACUUAGAAAAUUAAGUUACACUAUUGAUGAGCUAGCUACCAGAGUUGGACAACAAGCUGUUGUUGUUGUCGCGACUCCAGGCAAGCCCAAUGGCGCUUUUAAAUGUUUUGGCGCGAAACCGCUUGAAGAUGUUAUAAAGAAUCUGAGAUCAGCUAUUUUAAGCGAGUUAGAGACUGCACUCAGCGAACAGGCACCGGCCCCUGCCCAGGAGGAUCCUAGUCUUUAUGAACUUCCUCCUCUAGUCAUUGAUGGGAUCCCGACGCCUGUUGAGAAGAUGACCCAAGCCCAAUUACGAGCAUUUAUACCGUUAAUGCUCAAGUUUUCCACGGGUAAUGGAAAGCCAGGGUGGGGUCGAGAAAGUACAAAACCUCCUUGGUGGCCUCAAGACUUGCCUUGGGCCAAUGUCCGAAUGGAUGCUAGGUCUUGCGAUGAAAAACAGAAGACAUCUUGGACCCAUGCGCUUAGGCAAAUUGUUAUAAAUUGUUACAAAUAUCAUGGAAGAGAAGACUUAUUACCUGCUUUUAACGAUAGUAGUACGGAAGAUUUAGAUCAUCACGACGUAAAGAGAAUAAAAUUAUCUCCCAACCAUGCGAGCCCGCUUCACUCGCAUCAGGUGACAGCUGGUUCAGAGAUGGUUCCAACAGCCGUGUUGCAAACUAUAACCAAUCCAGAUGGGACAGUUUCUAUCAUUCAAGUUGACCCUAAUAAUCCAAUUAUAACUCUUCCCGAUGGUACGACGGCUCAUGUUCAAGGUGUUGCUACGAUCCAUGCUGGCGAUGGUGAUGGUAGCGGUGAGACUGAAACAGUUACGGUUGACCUGAAUUCUGUUACUGAAGAUCACGAUGGACAAAUAAUUCUCCAAGGCGAAGAUGGAACAGGAUAUCCAGUGUCAGUGUCUGGUAUGAUUACGGUCCCAGGAUCCAUGUAUCAAACUGUUGUGGCAAAUAUUCAAGCUGGAGGAGAUGGGACAAUACAGGUUGUAACGCCUGCGAUGAUGGGAAUGGCAGGGGAAGUCGAAGUUGAUAGAAGUAAAACCCACCAAAUAGUCGUGUCGACAGGAGAUGGGCCCCAGGUCCUUCAAGUGCUUUCACUCAAAGAUGCUUCUCAGAAAGGCAUUGACUGAUAUUAGAUAUAAACAUUAAAUGUGCAAUGUCAUAGUGAUUAAUGAAGAAAGUGAAUUAAGUCUUAUAAGGAAUAUUUUAAGUGUAUUUCUUAAUCGAUAGACAUGAUCAUAUUGUAUGAUAAUGUUGUAUAAGUGUUCUUGUAUAGAUAUAAUUGUACAAAAUAAUAAAGCCAAAAAUUGUAGUUUAAUUUAUAUUUACUUGUAAUUUACUAUUUUUGUCCAAUAUAGGAUAGCCCCCAUUUGUCGGUCGAUCUAGCGUGAAGGGAAAUGACCUGAUUUUAAGUUUUCGACAUAAAACAUUUUUCCUAACAACAUUCGGCUUAAAGUUAUUACAAUGUGGUUAGGAAACAAGUGAUUCGUUCAUGUUCAGUAUUAGUCAAGUAAGGUUAUGAAAAACAUUACAAUAAUUGAAAAUUAAAUUUCUAAUUGUGUAUAUUUUUAUUUUUACGGCAUAGCCAAAUAUUUUUCUAAAUUACUUUAAUUAGGAAAUUUCAGUAGACUUUUGAUAAUUUAUCACUGUAUCAUACACAAAUAUUUGAUAGACACAAAUUAUAAGCCAGAAGAAAAUAAUCUGUUUUAUUGAAAAAUUUAUUGCUAAAAUUUUAUUUUUUCCAUAUUUUAUUCACCCUCAUAUAACUAUUUCUUGGAUAACAUGAUAAAGACUUACAUGUUAAAAAAUUGAACUUUUAAUUCAGUUAAAUUAAAAUGAAAAUAAUUAAAAUUAA